AAUGUAUUAUAUAUAUCUUUAAGCUCUUGUAAUAAUUUUCACACUCUCAUAGAGAGAACAAAAUGUAUCAACUGACUAGACGCGCCAAACAUAACAUAAUUCAAUUUCAAAACGCGACAAAGACAAAGCGAUGAAGACGAGAGAGAGAAAAAGAACAUAUAGCGAGAAACUCGCGCGAAAUCAGAAACAAGACAUGUGACGACACACGGUGCCGUCACAGGGGGGCUUGGGGAGGCUAUGUUAUUUGAAAAAAAUCCUCCUGAUGUCAUCGUAAUUCUAUAUUUGAUAAGUGAAAGCGGUUAGAAAAUCGAUGCUAUUUUUUCUUCGAAGUAAUGUUCAGUUCAGUCCGAGGAUAUAUAUGUUGCAUGUUUUUGAAAUAUUUUCAUUUAUUAAUGCUAGCGUCUCCUCUAUGAAGAUGAAGGGGAAUAGUGAACGUCGUUAUCUAAGAUCAACAAUGACCAGGGUUGUCGAUUGCUUUUGACAAGUAGUGAGGGCUAAAAAUUUCGCAGAAAAUCUGAAAAUUUUGACAGAAAAUCUCGUCUCGCUUUUAGACAGUAACUGAGGAAAUAAUGCUGAACUUUUCGACUUUCUGCGAUAUUUUGUUGAAAAAAAGUGGUUUACUUGAUUUUUUUCAGAAAAAUGGGGAAAAAUGCUUAAAGGCCGGGUUUUCGCCAGAAUUUCUUACAAAAUUUUUAAAAUUUCGCAGAAAGAAUUCAAAAUUUUCGCAAUAAAUUUUCGCAUAUUUUCAAUUUUUGGGGGACUAGCCCCAUGCUCGGCAAACCUGGCAAUGAUACAACAGCGCUUUAAUCCUGUGCUUAUCCCUCAUGUUCAUAAAGAAAAAUUAGAUCAGUUAGACUUGAACAGUAGUCGUUCUGAUUUUAUUGCAAAAAAUCAGAGUAGAAAAGCCUUUUUUGGACGUGAAUAAUAGUUUUUGUACUUGUGAAUUUUUUAUUUGCUUUAGUCAAGGUUUAAGAUUUUUGAUGCUCAUGUUGAUAAUGAAAUAAAAAUUUUGAUAGUGUAGUAGAAUUCUCGAUUGCUGUGAAGGUGUGCAAAUGAGUCAGUGAAGAAAAUGUUUUAAAUGAAGGUUAUAACCAAGAAAUUUAAAAGUCUGUUUUCUCCCUCUAAUGUCGACUUUCUGUCGUUGUUUUUCAAAAACAUUUUGAGCCCCCCCUAAAUUAGAAACGUUCCACCGCCUAUGAUCAUCGUCCUGGGAUAUAAAUCGAUGAUCAUACUAUGUUUAUUUGCAGAUCAUUAUCAUCACAUUCCACAAUCAUUUAAGAUGGUAUGUAUGAAAGUUUUUUCUGUUCAUAAUCAUUUCUUUAUAUGUAGCUGAUCUCUUCGAUGGACCAAUGAUGAUUGAACAAUGCUUUUCUUUUUUUAUUCUCCUCAUUAUCCUUGUAUGAAGGGAAAACAUUCUUAACUAUCAUCAGUUCAUCGGAGAGAUCAGCGAUAUAUAAAGAAAUGGCAAUCAUCGAAGUACUGAUAUCAACAUUCAAAGGAUCUGAGCUUUAAGAUAAUAUGAUCGUUUUGUUUUAGGCGAACAAUAUAACAACCGUAAUCAACGUCUUGCGUACACAUUUGGAUGUAUUAUGGGCUCAUCAACAAAUCAAGUAUCCUCAACAUAAUUACAUCACCUGGCCUAUGGUAUUAAAAUUGGUGCAAGAUGUUAAUCAAUAUUAUACUUGUGGAAUACUGGACGUCGAUGAUGUAGCAUCGACAGUUGCUGGCGUUGGUGGUGGUAAUUAUCAAGAACAAUUACAACGAUCAGAGCAGCAUAUGUUGGAUCUAUUGGCAAAAGUAAGGAUUAACUCUUAUUAA